UUUCAUUUUGAAACGUUUUAAAGUGGUGUAUAUUCUACAUACAGCGCUGUCGGAUAACUUUAUACAGAGAUGUACAGAGCUAUGUAACGGUGGGGUGCCCGUGUCUGCAUGUUUAAAUCUUUAUCAGUCUCUAUGGCAGAUUUUAUUUGGUUUUGAAUAUCUUCAGAAAGUCGACUGGAUUCACAAGAAUUAUCGAUGUCAUUGCUGUCAGUGACAGUCAUUUCUCAAGCAAAGAAAGAUGCGCGUUUUCGUAGCUGCUUGGAUGUAAAACGGCUUAAUUUUUGGGCGUGCUUAGAUAGACCAAUUUCUAAAUCAAUUCAUAUCGCCAACAGAAGGAUUGUCACGGGCAUUUUCUUUGUACAGAAAUCCAUCUUGAUUUAAAUGCGAAGAUAGUUAAGUGAGAAGAAUGCUUACGUCGUCUAAAAUAGCUCAAAGAUGUGCUAUAUGAAUAUUAGUGCUAUCGUUGUUAAUGCCGCCAUAAUCAUAUAAGCAAAAUAUCACGACGUGAAGAGUGCCGUUUCAAAAUCCGGUCAGUGGAUAAUAAAUUGGUGAGUAAAAGUUUUCUUAUUUGUAACAGAAGAAAAUAUUACAGAUUUACUGAUCAAAAUUUGGAUAGUUGGUUUAAUUGUAUAAGAGGGUCUAUGGAAGCCCGUUUGCGGCUGGCAAAGGCGGACGUUUGUUGCUAUCUAGUAGGCAUACGUGUAUGUACGUACGCUUGCAUACAUGUAUGCUUAUGUCUGUAUCUUAUGAUUUUCUUUAAAUUUCACUUGCUAGUAAAUUUCAUUAUUGCUUUGGAAAUUAUCGAGAUAAAUUUCAUAACAAUUUUUUAAUAACAAUUUUAUUGUAUACUGAGUAUCCAUAAAAAUUUAAGAACAUAUAAAUAAAAAUAUUCCUACAAAUUAAUAUGGAACUAAACGUUCUUUAAAUUUCUUUUAAGUCGUCAAAUAUUUUGGACAAAAUAUCAAAUAGUUAUCUGUUGUAACAAGCAACGUCAAUAUUGCCCCAUUCACGUAUUACCGCUUGAUCCGAGUUUUGUCCCCAGACAUGACAAAAUAUUUUCUAUCUGCGGUCAUUCUGGGAUGCUACCUUGAAGAGUUUGACUGAACAAAGCAAUUCCAGUACUUACAUUGAAAUUUAGUAUCUAUGACGGUAUCUUUUAUCGAACAACUAAGUAACAGGGACGUAAACACACCAACACCAAUUGUCAUGAGGUGGUUAGAUACACACACACACACACACACACACACAAAUAUAUAUAUAAAUCUUGGAGAGUUAUAACUACCUCUCACUCAUCAACACCAAAAAGUCUAAAAAGUACGUAUAUUUUUAGCAAAUUUACAUUGGUGGAGUACUGUUUAACUACUUUCAGCAUAACAAUGAGUACAUUUAUUUCCUGUGUUCAAAUCUAACUUGGGUAAAUGUUACAAUUUCUUUUUAAUAGGUGUGGCUGCAUAGUAAGAAGUUUGUUCCCCAACCACAUGGUUCUGGGUGCAGUCCCGUUGCACGGCAUCUUAGAUUUUGGGAAUAAAAGUUGAAGGCAGCCGACCGUAAUGACAGCAGUUCAAGACAGUGGUACUUAAAUGAAUAGAAAGAAAAGGAAAACAUGCAGAGACCUUUCACUGCUUUUUGACGUCUUUAACUUUAACAAUCCAAGCGUUCGCCAUUUACGCAGAAUCCAAGCCAGAUUCAACAGAUCGUAGAGACGAAUGCAUUACCCUCAGCCGAAAUCUGGAUUGUAGGUUUUACAAAUGUUUGUGGGAGAAAAUGCCUUGUCUUGAUACAAUAGUAUCAAUAGAUCGUCAUGCUUAUUGCUACGCAGCUACAGAAAAGAGAGACCUCUGGAUAGAUGCUAUUGUAGAAUGUAAUAUAUCACAUUUGAGAACUCUGUACUUAAUUUUACCACUGUCCUGCAAAACUGUUGAUGACAUUUUUAUGGGUAUACAAGAGCAGUGUUACGCAGAAAAUGGUAUCUGCAUUGUCGGUUGGUUUAACCGUAAUUUACUGCGGGAUUUAUUCAAGAAAUUCAGGACAAAGCCCAUACCAGAACAUUACAUGAAGACAUGGAAUAAUAUUGGCCGUAUAGUUUCGAAAUGUAAAAUAGGAGACCCUGUGAAAUUUAUGAACUGGAUCGAAGCUGAAGCUAAAUUGGUGGAAUAACAUAUAUGGAGAUAUGAAUCAAUUCUCUGGAAUAAAAUGAAGUCCAAAAUUGGUUGUCUCUCAACUUUGAUUUGAUUAUUAAGACGUGCUACCAUCAUCGAUAAUGUUAAAAACGAUUCCGAGUUCAAAUGUCACCGAGGUAAAUAUUGUCUUUCAUCCUUUCGGGCGUCGAUAAAUUAAGUAUCAUUUGAGCACUGGGGUCGAUGUAAUCAGUUUUCCCUCUUCUAAAUUCCGGCCGGCCUUGCAAUAAGUUUCGAAAGAGCUACUACUACUACUACUACUACUACUACUACUACUACUACUACUACUACUACUAAUAAUAAUAAUAAUAAUAAUAAUAAUAAUUUCUUUAUUGGCCACAAGGGUCGAACAUAAAACAAAUAGGGACAAUACAAUUUACUUUUUAUUGAAGGUCAUGGAAUAAUAUUGGCCAUAUAGUUUUGAAAUGUAAAAUAGGAGACCCUGUGAAAUUUAUGAACUGGAUCGAAGCUGAAGCGAAUUUGGUUACCCUGCUCGUCACCUCCCCAUGUUCAUGUCCACCUGGAGAUCCGGACCAAACCAGACUCCGAACAAUUUAACCGUUCCUUUCGUCCAGUACCCUACAACGCUGUUGGUCGGCCUCUUCGGGUGCCGACCUCAAGCCCACCGACUUGUCCUGAUCAAUUUUUGCUUCUGUCAUCGCUUCGUACUCUGAGGGUAGUGCCGAUCACUUCGAUUUCCGAGCUGUCCGACAGCAUUACGGUGACAUCGUCUGCAUAAGCCGACACGAACCUUCCGCAUCCUAGAUCACGCUGGAUGCCCCUAGAAAUAUCGAACUUCCUCAAUAAUGGCUGGAGGCCAGCACGGACAGACGGAGAGGGAGUGGACAUCCUUGACAGGCCGAGCGAGCGAUGCUAAGCGAUUCCGAAAGAUGGCCGUUUACUUUGACCAUCGAUCAGAUGUCGCUAUACAUUGCAGCGAUCCAGCCUCUGAAAAUGGGACCGCAGCCGGCCGCUGCGAGGACAGCCUCCGAGUAUUGAGGGUCGAUCCAGUCAAAAGCUGUUGAUUGAUCCAAUUUGAUCAGAGCCCCACCCAUGCCAGGUUACUUCCCUACCCUCUGUAUGAUGUAGCGCGUGAGAUGGAAGUUGUGGAUAGAUUUGUGUUCGGAAUAGCGCAUAUUUGCGCGUUACCUACCAGCUUACCGACGACAAGCGCUAACCUCUUGGCAUACACCUUAGCCAAAAUCUUAUAAUCUGCAUUUAGCAGAGUUAUAGGCCUAAAAUUAUCUAACUGAUCGCCUUUGUUCGGGUCCUUUCUCAUCAGCACCACCACGCCACCAAAUUUGAACUGUGGACAACCUUAUAUUACUUCUGUCUACUGGCCUACAAAAUAUCCUAUCUAAGUAUGAUCUGGAAGACCCGCUGUUUUUCGUUCAUGUCCACAUUGGCGCAUUCAGGAAAUCCAGUCGCUAACUGGGACUUAUUUAAUCAACCCUGAAAGGAUGAAAGGCAAAGUCGAUCUCGGUGGAAUUUGAACUCAGAACGUAGCGGCAGACGAAAUACCGCUAAGCAUUUCGCCCGGCGUGCUAAUGUUUCUGCCAGCUCGCCGCCUUAAUACGUUUAUAUACAUUUUUGACCACCUUGCUUGCAUGCAAAGAAUGUUUCCCUUUUUUUUUUAUAAUCAUUGACCUAUUCAUUUUUGACCUCCUACCAACUUGCCCAAAUCAGUCAAGCUGCCAAAGGUCUUAAUCCGAUUUUUUAUACAAUUUCUGAAAAAAGAAAAUCUUGUAAUCUUUAUUUAUUGUAAUAAACGUAAAUUGGAUUAAUAGA